CUCAAGGCCCUGCCAUGGAAUCACUUUUAACGCAGUAGUGAUUGUUGUUCCUACCCCAGUGGGAUGUUAAUUUUUAUUUUCAUCAAGCUCAGUUUGGUUUUGUGUUCAUAUUAUCGUGCAUUUUGAACAUUUGAACAUUUAGUUUUAUUUACUAUUUGUACGACGACAAACUGUCUAUAUUGAAAAAGCUUUGUUUGUUGCAAAAAAUCUGUCCACGAUGGCGGCGACCGGACUUUUUGGACUACUGUCAGUCAUUACUGGUUUUUUAAAAAUACGAUAUUUGGCGGAUAAAGCCGUUAUAGAUAAUGUAGUCUUUAGAGCGCACUAUAAAAUCACCUGCGCGAUUAUCUUCACCUGUUGCUUGGUAGUCACAGCAAAUCAUCUGAUAGGUGAUCCUAUAAAAUGUCUCACGGAAGGUACGGAAGACAACGAAAAAGUAAUAAAUUCCUAUUGCUGGAUCUUCUCCACAUAUACUAUAAAAAGUGAAAAAAAUGACAUCAUUGGCUUGGGCAACGAUUACAAGAAAGAAAAAAAAUACCAAUUUUAUUAUCAGUGGGUACCGCUCACGCUAUUCGUGCAGGGUAUAUUGUUUUACAUACCCCACUGGAUAUGGAAACAGUGGGAAGGUGGCAAGAUUAAAGCUAUCUCCGACGGAAUCCGAGGUUCUACUGUGGACGCACACAGUAAACGGAAAACUUCUACUCAGCGGCUUGUACAAUAUAUCUACGACACGCUACACCUGCAUAACAGCUAUGCAAUCGUUUACUUUUUCUGCGAAGUUUUGAAUUUUGUCAAUGUGCUGACCAACAUCUUCAUGCUGGACAAAUUUCUAGGUGGUAGUUUUUUAACCUAUGGCUUGAAAAUUUUUUCGUUUGUUAAUGCGGAUCAAGAUGAACGUCACGAUCCAAUGAUCGAAAUUUUUCCCCGGAUGACCAAAUGUAUUUUCUACAAGUACGGCGUAUCGGGAUCUAUUCAGAAUCACGAUGCCCUGUGCAUCUUAGCCCUCAACGUUGUGAGCGAAAAAAUCUACAUAUUCCUUUGGUUUUGGUUCAUCAUACUCGCCAUCAUGUCCGGGGCCGCUAUUAUUUACAGCAUGAUAAUCAUAUUAUUACCCAUCUCUCGAGAAUUAAUUCUCCAAAAGAUGUUCAAGUUUCACUCUAAGCCGGGUGUUAAGAUUUUGGUAGAGGAAACCCAAAUAGGUGAUUUUCUGCUGCUCUACCUCCUCGGUCAGAACAUAAAUGGAAUAUACUUCAACGAAGUUCUGAAAGAGUUGGAAAACCAACUACGCUCAAGUUUACUGAGCAACGGAGCCAAAUGUAACAGUCUAAGAAGAACCUUAUAAGCCAUCCGUACAUACUACGAUCGUGUAAAAAAGAAUGAUUUUUAUA